AUGGAGAAAGAUCUGGCUAAAUGCCAAGCUGCCUACGAUGUGCAAUAUGCCGACAUCAUCAAGCGAAUCAACGCAGAGGACGAUGACUACCUCAAGGCCUCACUUCAAUUGGUCGACUCAGUUCCUCCGCAGGCCGUCGUGCCAGCCACCGCGACUGGGCUCACCACCGCCGUCCCAGACGACAACGACAACGACAACGAUGAGCUGGCGACUUCCACAAAUACAACUAGUUCGAUGCUCACUGCCCAAGAGACCCUUGAACAAUCAGAUGAGGCCAUCGAAGAUGAAAUCAACAGCGAGCACGACCUGGACGGCCUUGACGAUCUCGAUCACCUUGGUGACCUCAAACCAAAUGAUGGAAUGGAAUCCAUGGACAAUCAUUCACAAACCAGCGAGUCUCCCCAAUCCCUCGUAGAUCAAGCAACCGAAGAGUCUGACUAA